AUGACAAAUAUCGCGAUUAAUGAUUUAAGCGAAGACCAUUUUUCGCAGAUAGAAUUGAAUACAAAAAUAACUGAAAGUUUGUUUACUGAAUUUGAUGAAAUCCAAAUGUCAAUUGAAUUAAAUUGUCAGGAUCAAGAUAUUCAACAAGAGUAUGCGAAAAGACAACGAUUAGAUACUAUAUUUUCAAAAACUUUGUCUAGAGCAAGAACGAUGUUAAAAAGAAAAUGUUCCGAUUUAUCCAGUUCACAGUCGAAAAGGUUAGAUAUAAACCAUGAAUAUAGUGGAUUAGAAGGUGUCAAAUUACCUCCUAUUCAGUUGCCUGUCUUUCAUGGAGACUAUUUGAAGUGGAUUGAAUUUAAAGAUACUUUUGAAGGGUUAAUUCAUAAUAAUAAAGUAUUGGCAGAUAUUCAAAAAUAUAAUUAUUUACGUGCGAGUUUAAAAGAUGAUGCAUUGAAAAUUAUACAAAGUUUAGAUUUUUCUGCACAAAAUUACAAUUCUGCAUGGCAGACUCUAUGCAACAGAUUUGACAACUCUCGGAUGUUAGUAAACAAUCAUUUAAAAGCUCUUUUUGAGAUUGAAAAUUUAAAUAAAGAAUCUGCAUUAGGUCUUAGAAGCAUGAUAGAUUCAGUUAAAAAGCAUUUAUUCGCUUUAAAAUCACUUCAACUACCGACUGAACAUUGGGAUGCUAUUAUGGUUUAUUUGGUAAGUGGUAAAUUGGAUAAAUUUAGUUGUCGGGAAAGGGAAAAAAGAAAAAUAGAUAAUUUUUUGCCAAGUUUAAACGAAUUUCUUGAAUUCUUGAAGAAUCGUGCUGAUUUUUUGGAAACUAUAGAGUUAAGAAAUUUGACAAAACCGGAUUAUAAAUCUAAAUACCAAUAUAAACACUCUAGAUCUCUGCUAACUAGUAAAAGCAGAAGUUGUAAUUUUUGUAAACAAAAUCAUUUGAUUUACCUAUGUGAAGAAUUUCUUAAACUUUCAGUAGCCCAAAGAUGGGAUAAAAUAAAACAAUUAAAUUUAUGCCGAAAUUGUUUAUGUACCGGACAUUCCUACAAACAAUGUAAAUCGUUCGGUUGUAAGAUAUGUAAAGCCAAACACAGUUCUCUUUUACAUGAAAAUAAACCAUCUGAUAUUCAUGUUAAAGACAACAGUUCAAUUAAUUUCAACCCGAACAAUGAUUCAGAGAAUGAACCAAAUAAAGUUAAGUUGUCAACUAAUACUUCAGAACAUAAUGUUAAUAGAAAUGAGAUUGUUUAA